AUGGGCAAUUCAAAUACGAAAGAAUCCCGCCCGGAUCAUGCUGAUGGGACGGCUGAUCCUCGCGAAUCCGGGCGACCACGCAAUCGCAUGAGCAGAGGAGACAUUGGAGGGUUUCUUGGUCUACAGGCACCCAGAGACCGUGGCCGAGAUCGGCAGGAUGCUCCAUUUGAGCACCGUGAGACCAGACAAGAGCGUGAGGCUCGCAGAUUAGAAAAAGAGCGCCUGGCCAGGGCAAAGGAGCGGGAGCGUAGUGUCCGAGAGGAACAUGUGGACGGCGGUUUUCUCGUCACAAUGGGAACAUACACUGGCACUGAGGAUUUCAGCAAGCCCGUAGUUCGACAGCUUCAGAUCGAAAGAAAGUUGGCCCCAUUCUGGCGAGGUCUCAACGACUGGUCCGACAACUGGGCAGAGCAUCAGCUUGUCGCAGCUGGUAGGGGGCUUCCCAUACCCGCCGCUGAUGCGCCUCCUGAUCCCGAACUCAUGCCUCGACCACCAUUACCUCAUGCUGAGUCUUCCAACACCCAGAGCCUGCAGAACCUGACGGUACCGAUGGGUCCUAGAACGCUAUCUACCGCUUCGGAUCGUAGCGGCUCUGGAGCUGGAUCUGGCAUUCCUUCUCCGACGACCGCAGCCCCUCCCAAAGCCUCCUCAAUCAAGCCUAGGGCGAAAGCACUUGCAGCAGCUCUUAGUGUCGGUUCUCGCAAUGCAUCGUCUACUGACUUGACACCGAAGGAGGUGUCUCUGCCACAUGAUCCAUUUGUCAACGGACAACCCAUCGAAGUGUACCUCUACAAGGAUGCUUCCGAGUGUCCCAUAUGUUUCUUAUCGUAUCCCCCGUACCUAAACCGCACACGAUGCUGCGACCAGCCCAUUUGCAGCGAAUGUUUUGUGCAAAUAAAGCGAUCCGACCCGCACCUACCUGAGCAUCAUCCAAAUGGCGAGACUCGAGAUCCAAACGAAGGGCUGAAUCCAGAGGACCCGCCAGAGAUGCUCAUAUCAGAACCAUCAGCAUGCCCUUACUGUCAGCAACCUGAAUUUGGCGUCACAUAUGAGCCCCCUUCUUUCCGGAGAGGGCUGACCUAUUCGACAUCUACGUCGAAUCUCGCUUCCUCCACGGCAAUGUCAUCGCAGAGUUCCCUCAACUCUACGCUUUCUCCAUCAAUACCUCAACAAAUUGGAAGGCGGCGAACGCAUAGCUUGUCAGCAACCGCCCCCAAUGUCAUCACAACUGACCGAGUGCGUCCGGACUGGGCAACAAAGCUGGCGUCUGCUCGGGCUCAUCAGGCCCGGCGUGCCGCAGCGGCUACAGCACUACACACGGCCGCAUUCCUAGUCGGAGCACAGGAAAAUAGAUCAAUACUUCGCCCCAGCAGGUUCGGUCGAAGGAGCAAUGGAACAAAUACUCCUGGCAACGAACAGCCACCUAGCAACCCAGGCGAGACCGAAGCCGACCCCAAUGAGGCGGCUCCUAAUCGACAUGCCGAUGGUGCACGACGGACUCGGAUGGAAGAGCUUGAAGAUAUGAUGUUUAUGGAAGCCGUCCGAUUGUCUCUGGCCACAGAAGAGGAAAGGAAGCGAAAAGAGGAAAAGGCUCUCCGUAAAGAAGCCAAGAAACGACAACAGGCAGAGAAGAAGGCUCAAAAGAAGGCGAGCAAAGACCCUUAUGGAGGGAACAUUAGCGGCGCCAGCGGAAGCAGUCUUUCCCUUGGCCUUGGUCGAAGACGUGGCAAUAGUGGAGCCAGCGCACUGAGAGUCGAGGCUACAGUACAGGGAGCAUCUCAAGUCAAUAAACCAGAGGAUUCACCAGGUACGGACGUGGAAAAUUCUGGCGAUCAACCAGGAAAGGGGAAGGGCGUUGACCGUGGACCAGAGGAGGCAGCAGUUGGGAGCAGUUCCACGGCCACUUCCCUCCCCAUUCCCACGGGUCGUCCUCGCGGAAGCUCACAUUUGCGACAGAUGAGCAACGCUUCCUCACUUGGAUCAUCACUUGCCGAUACACCGUCUGGAAGCUAUACUGGGCCUGGGUUCACUGGACCCGACGGUACAGCUUCGCGCCCUGAAGGGGACCGAGACACCGGUAGCGAGCCUAUGUUUAAUUUUCGAAGCUUGGCCGAGCUCGUUGGGGUUAAUAUCGAUGAUGGAUCUCCACACCCUGGAGAAGGGGCUGAAUCUCCUUCUGGCAACGUCAAGGACACAAUAAGCCGACCUUUGUCACAAGUAAAGGAAGAGGAGAAGGAGGGAGCAGAAGCUGAACACGUGGAAAAGAUGCACCACGAGCAGGCCGGCGCAGAAGAUGAGAGUUCUCCUCCACCUGGAUUGAGCAGCGAAUCAACAGCCAUUGAAACAAUAGGGGGCACCAGUCUGUCUCCAAAGGUUACAAUUACUCCGGGUACUCCAAUGCCGGACGAGGAUAUUGAUAGCACAGAAGCUAAGCAGCUGGGACACUCGAGGGUGUCUGUGCAGCCGUCAGAGGUCAUGCACUGA